AACGACUUAAUCAGUCAGGUUAAAAACACGCAGAGCCCACCUGAAAGUUGAAACUUGGGUAAUUAAGAUGUGCUGACAAUGACAAUAACCCACUGAAUACCUUGACGUUGAUUACGACCUCCAAAUUCUCUAGAGCUAGGUCACACUUAUUUAUAUGACAGGAUCACUAUAGCCUACGUUUAGAUCUGUAGACUAGGGAUCAAUCCAGAUGUGUAUUUUGAUGAUAUGGAUGAUGAAUAGCUCAACUGAACUGAAAUCAAGGUCGAGAAUUAAGACAUUGUUUAAUGAUGAAGCGUCGAAGCAGUCUGAGAUUUUGUGUGAUGUUGACGUUUGUGUGUGCUGUAACGCUAAGUCUGAUGCAGAUGUACAAUUGGGUCAUGCUAAAUUCUCCUGCGGCACAUGACGAGCACCUGUCAGCUAAAAACCACUUAAUAGCAGACAGACGUCAGAGUUUUAUGAAGACAACACAACCAAAUGAAAUUGUCAAGAAAAAAAACCAGCGUUUUGAUGGCUACACUGACUAUGUUAUCAAAGACAAUAGUGACCCUUUCCUGCGUGAGCAUUAUGAUAUAAAGAAACUCCACAACCUGGGAGUGAUCAGGACGCCAGAGGACCAGCAUUUAAGGGAUGAAGGUCACAGACAGCAUGCCUUCAACUUGUUAAUCAGUGACAGACUUGGAUUCCACCGAGCUAUCCCUGACAGCAGGAACAAAAGGUGUGCUAACGAGUCUUAUCCAUCCGACUUACCUGAGGCCUCGGUCAUAAUAUGUUACUUCAAUGAGGCCUGGUCAACCUUGUUUCGGACAGUGGUCAGUGUCCUUGACCGGUCACCGCCACGUUACAUCAAAGAGAUAAUUAUCGUGGACGACUCCAGUGAAAUGACUCAGUGGCGAGAACCUAUCCAUAGUUACGUCAAGGAGAACUUCUCCAAGGUGAAGUACAUCAAGACUCCGGAGAGGGCUGGACUUAUCAGGGCACGCAUGUUUGGAGCCAGUCAGGCUUCUGGAGAGGUGUUGGUAUUCCUAGACAGUCAUUGUGAGGUAAAUGUUAACUGGAUAGAACCUCUCCUGUCGAGGAUCAAGGCGAGUAAGUCUAAUGUGGUAGUGCCGGUAAUGGACAUCAUCAAUCCGGACACGAUGGAGUACGUCUCUUCUCCCUUCGUCAAGGGAGGAUUUAACUGGGGACUGCACUACCGCUGGGACCAACUUCCCGACAGACUCAAACAAAUGAAGAAUUAUCUCUCUAAACCGGUCGAGUCUCCGACUAUGGCUGGUGGUCUGUUUGCUAUAGAUAGGCAGUACUUCAAUGACAUGGGCCAGUAUGAUGCUGGCAUGGAUGUUUGGGGAGGAGAAAACCUAGAAAUAUCGUUCAGGAUCUGGCAGUGUGGGGGUAGACUAGAAAUCGUACCAUGCUCCCGUGUGGGUCAUAUCUUCCGUAAACGCCGUCCAUAUGGAUCACCCAAAGGUCUAGAUACAACUAUGAAAAAUUCUCUACGCCUUGCUCAUGUGUGGAUGGAUGAAUACAAGGACCACUUCUUUAAGCUCCACCCGGCUGCCAAGAACAUGGCAUAUGGAGAUAUAUCUGACCGAUUGGCACUCCGUAAACGUCUCGGAUGUAAAUCAUUUAAAUGGUACCUCGAAAAUAUCUAUCCAGAACAGGUAUUACCGUCAGAGGAGAAAGAUGCCCCCGUUGCCCUGGGGAAGGUCAAACGUCGUGAGAAAGCAUCCUCCACACUUCGUGGGCAGCUGUAUCAUCUUCACUCCGGCUUGUGUGUGCAGUCCGAGUCGGAUGUGUUUACCAAGAAAGCCAUGCUUGUACUGGCCCCCUGUCAGGACUCCGGUAAACAAUACAAAUACCAGAACUGGUACAAAACACAAAAUGAUGAGCUGUUGUUGAGUGAUAUUCUGUGUCUGGAUGUACAGAACGUUCCUCAAGGCCGGUCAUUUGCUCGGCUCAUGAAGUGUCACGGAAACAGAGGAUCACAAUCCUGGACCAUCAAAAAGAAUGGGUCUGUGAUGUUGUUUUAUAACCCUGCCUCUGGUAAAUGUCUUGGAGCCUCCCCAGACCAGAAAGGUUCCGCCCUGGACCUCAGCAUCUGUGAUGAUUCAUCCAGCCUCAGCUUCCAGUUCAAAAAGCCAGUCAUGAAGCCAAAACAGUAGAUUUUUAUCAGGAUGGUAUGCAACUUCCUAAGUGAGAGAGAUAUUAAAUUCAGUGUAUGUUGGCUUGAUGAGAGGAUCAGGUACCAAACUACCUGAUGGUGUCUAUUUUUCCCAAUUUUCUAAAAUUACCAAAUUGAUAUCAGAAGUGGACUGUGAUAGGACCCUGCUAAGUAGAAUGUCUUAUGCAUGUUAGAAUUUGGUAAUAAUUUAUGAAUCUCUAAGAUUAAGGAUCUUUAGACAGAACAUGUGUGAAUUUUAUUCCUGACUCACAGAAAUUACAUAUGUCUUCAGUCUCGUCAUUGUUUGAUGACUUCAUACAUGUUUAUAAAACACUCAUUUGUUUUUCAAAAUUCAGGACAUAGAAUGGAACUUAACUGAUAUCAUGUAUUAUUGCAAUGUUCAGUCUACUGGGAGAAAUAUGCAAAAAGUUGACAAUUUUUUGUGUUUUGAAUUGCAAAUUAGUACUUUUUAAGUGGUUAGAAUUGGUUUAAACAUUUGUUUCAACAGUGGUUUGAGCAAUGAUUCUAACAGUGGUUUGUGGUUUGAACAAUAGGUUGAACAGUGAUGUGAACAGUGGUUUGAACACUAGGUUGAAUAGUGAUUUGAACAGCACUGGUUUGAACAUUCAAUUAUCACUUUAAAACUGUUUGUGUGGUCCACAAAAAGGUCCACAUCAUAUAUAGUCAUUAACAUUUAAUUCUAAAUUCUUACCGGGCAUUUCAUUUCUGGAAUUUGGCUUUAGAGCGAAAUAUUUUGAUCUUAAUUCAAAUUCUAAAAGAAGUUAUUCAUCACCUGUAACAGGUCAUGAUAAAUUACAUUGAGUGCAAUGUCUCCACUACAGAUGAAACACAGUAAUUCUUGUUUACAAGUCUUAACACUCAAUCCAGCUAAAGUGGAGCAGUAUAUUGAAGCUAGUUAUUACUCACGUUACAUAUCACAAACAUUGUGAUGAUUUAGAUUGAAUAUAGCCGUUUUUACUUUGAUCUGUUGCCGUACCCAUGGCUACAGUUAUGAUGUCAUAACAGGCAUGCUAUGGAUGGCAUUUACAGUCCUUUAAAUCACACAUGUUUCUAGUUCUUUACAUCAUGGCACUGCCAUGUAAAUGUACAUUAGAUACAUGUAUAUUAUUACGAAGGUAAAAUUUCUCACCAUGACAUUUAACUUGUAUUCCUUAGCAUCAAUGACCUUGACCAAAGACAUCUGCUUUAAUGUUGUAUUUAUAUUAAGUUUGCUUUUUGUUAUACAAUUUGAGAUUUGUUGAUCGAUUACUCUUUCAAACCAGUGCAUAUAUACAUAGAGGGAUUAGAGACUCCCCUAGUUAGGAGACUGACAUAGUGUGAGCUUUUGUAUUUGUGCACUGAGCCGUGAAGGCGUGACUACCACUAUAUCACUACUACUAUACCAGUAGACAUAUAGGCUAAAUUGGAUAAUUUUAUCAAAGGUCUGCUUAUUGAUGUCAAAUUAAAAUGAAUUAAAGCUAACUUUUUCAAAAUCGUUUGCUAUUAAACUUGAUCACAAACAAUGUACAUGUAUUAAGCUUUUAUUGAUUCAAUAAUGAAAAAAUUCGAAUGAGUACUUUUGGAGAAAACUUGCUAAAAAAUGAACAAUAUUUGAUGCAAAAUUUUUAUAGCUUUAUAACAAAAUAUGUUUCAAGCACUUCAUCAGUGAAUUUGGGAUUUAUUCAGCUUUUUACAAAUCCAAAAAUGAAAAAUAUUGGAUGAGCAUUUUGGAGAAAAGUAGUUCACAAUGAGGUAGUGUAGUUAACUUGAUGUCAUCUCGCUACGUCAUUACUAACAGAUAGAGACAGUUUCCAAUCUCUGUAUGCACAUCCCUGUUCAUACUAGACUGUAAAUCAAAAGGUUUUCCAAAAAAUAUGCCUUUUUUCAUAUUUUCGCUCGCACAAUAUGUAAUCAGGAGGACCUUCCCUUGUUAAUAUCGAUACAUUUGAAUCAAUAUUAACAAGUUCUAAUUAAAUGUAAAUAAAUGUGCUACAAUACUAAAGUGAUUUACAUUAUAAACGAGUUAUAUAGAAUACAUUUGUGGAUUGCACAUCAAUACCAUUAUCACUACCUUAGUUCCCAUUUUGAGAACCCUACAUUUCUGAAAUUUGACUCACAUUUACAUGCUGAGUGUUUUUGGUGAAACAGGAGAUGCUCAGCCUUGUAAAACACUUUGUAUUUUUCUCAUUGUACUUUUUCUAAUAUCUCUCUGUAGGUCUUUCAUUUGUUCAUGUUUUUGUUUACAUUUUAUAAUUACAUUUUUUGUUUACAUGUUAGUAUGUACUUCUUUGUUUUCAUUGACUACAGCUGGUAUCAGAAUGAUAUUGGAAUAAUUAUAUAUAAACCAUUAUUAUGUAGAGGUCAUCUCUUUUUAUAACGGAGGAUCAAUUUUUGUUUUAUUAUGACAUGAACCAGAUAGUUGUGGUGUGUAUGACAGGACGUCAUGGUAUUUUUACAAUUGUAUCUUUGAUUAGAAGUAGCUGGUUAUGGAGAUCUUUACCUGAAACAGGAGAAUGUUGUCUUUUGAUUUAAUCAAACUAGGCAGUUAUAGACACCGAGUCACUAGAUUAUUUAGUGUUAUUCUGUUUUGAAAUCAAAACCAGAAUAGGCCCUAUCAAGUUUGAAUGUUAAAUGGAAUGGAAUUUCUAUUACCAUUUUAAAAUGACUGUUAAUAACUGGCAUGAAUUUUUAUAUCGGCAUUCUCAAUGGUUACAAUUCAGACUCAAAUAAAACUAAGCAGAAGUAUACUUUAAUAAGAAGUGCUUUGUGGUGUGGUAACUCAUUGUCCCAGUGAUUCUGGGUUUAAAGGUGUUUAACCAAUGUUUUCUGUUGUUAAUGAAGGAAAUACAUAAUGAUGUAUAUGUUUGUUCAGGUACCCCCUGGCAUAAGUGUUAGGAUAGCUUGUCAUUAAAUGUCAUAUUACUCUUGGCUGUGAACUUUACACUAGGGAUUGUAAGGAUGGCAGAAAGGUUUCAGUCAUUAAGAAUUAUAAAAAUAUUUAUUAAUUAUGCCCCUGCCAUGAAAUGGAGGGCAUAAAGUGUUAACUUUAUCCGCCCCGCCCCGUCCCAAUGCAAUGUAACUAGCUAAUCUCUAGAACUGCUGAGGUUUCGGGGUGCCAAGUGGCAGCGGGGGCAUUUAUGUCUUACAGAUAUUUUCUAGAUUCAAAACAACAUAAUGUCAUAAUUUCAUAUUUACUGAAAUCUUAAUUUAUUUUGUACUUAUACAAAGUGUGAUAAGGUGUUUUACGUGAUAGACAUGGAACGAAAAUGGAGAAAAGUUUUAGGACUACUUUGGGUUCUCAUGGUCAGUCACAAUAGACUUUUUAGGAUUGAUAAACUAUUAUAUCCAAGGGCUUCCAGUUCAUUUGAUAUUAACUCAAAAUCAUCGCAUGUAAUGCUUUCUCAAGUUUAUAGUAUGUCUAUAUAUGCACUGUAGUGAUUAUGUAAGUGAUAGGGAUUACGAUAUCACAUGAAAAAUAUGUGUCCAGUUUUCAGGGAAACAGCUCUCAAGGUGAAUAUUGUUGUAAGGAUAUAUCGACGAUCGUUUUCUGCCAAAUCAUUAAUAUCAUACCAAUAAUAACCUACCAAUUUACAACAUUAAAAAAUUGCAUUUAUCAAGCAUAAUAUUCAAAAUUAAAAAAAAAACCUGUUAUGUUUUUUCCUUAGACAUUAUGUAUCAAUUAAAACACAAUGUUUUUGUAGGGAAACUUUGUAGAUUAUAACCGUAAAGUGCUAGAGAAGGUCAUUAAGGCACUUGGGAAUUUGAAAUCGUCUGUGAGAUUAAGGGCAUUUUAGAGUUUAAUGGGGUUAGAUUAACUUUCAAUGAAGCUCUAGUCAUUUUACCUGAUGUCAGUUUAGCCCCCUAAAACAACUAAAAUGCCCUGUACACUCAGAUAGGUCCACAAUAGACUGUAAAUUAAAGUUAUCGGC